AGCUGGUGAAGGAUCGGAGUCUACUGAUGUUCAGAUGGGAUCGGGUGAUGAGGAAAAUGGGAGGCAGCUGGGAGAGGUGGAGCUCCAGUGUGCCCUGUGUAUGAAAUGGUUCACUGCAAACAUGUUUGGCAUCGACACUGUGACCUGCCUUCCCUUUAUGACCAAUUAUGUGUUUCACUGCAAUGUCUGCCAUCACAGUGGCAACACAUACUUCCUCAGGAAACAAGCCAACCUGAAGGAGAUGUGUCUCACAGCCUUGGCCAAUCUGACAUGGCGGUCAAGAACACAAGACGAGCACCCAAAGACUAUGUUCUCCAAAGAUAAGGAUAUUAUACCAUUCAUCGAUAAAUACUGGGAGUGCAUGACCACCCGUCAGAGACCCGGGAAGCUCACCUGGCCCAAUAAUAUUGUGAAGACUAUGAGUAAAGAGCGAGAUGUUUUCUUGGUGAAGGAGCACCCUGACCCCGGCAGUAAAGACCCAGAGGAGGAGUACCCCAAAUUUGGCCUUUUGGAUCAGGAUUUGGGAAACAUUGGCCCUUCAUAUGACACACAGAAGCAGACCACUGCAACUCCCAUGGGUGGUGGCCUCAAUGGUGGAUCUGCUUUUGCAGGUGCUUUGGCUCCAGGCCCAGGAAAAGGCAGAGGAGCAAAACGUAAACAGCAGCAGCAGGAAGGAGCCACCACCGGAACAGCAAAGAGAACCCGCAGUGACCCACUUUUUGCGGCACAGCGGCUACCUCCCCAUGGUUACCCACUGGAGCAUCCCUUUAAUAAGGAUGGCUAUCGUUACAUUCUGGCAGAACCAGAUCCUCAUGCCCCAGACCCGGAGAAGCUAGAGCUCGACUGUUGGGCCGGAAAACCCAUACCUGGAGAUCUGUAUCGGGCCUGUCUGUAUGAGAGGGUGCUGCUGGCCCUGCACGACAGGGCGCCUCAACUGAAGAUCUCUGAUGACCGUUUGACGGUGACGGGGGAGAAGGGCUACUCCAUGGUGCGAGCCUCCCAUGGUGUACGGAAAGGUUCCUGGUACUUUGAGGUUGCUAUUGAUGACAUGCCUGUGGACACUGCAGCCAGGCUCGGUUGGUCCCAGCCACUGGGUAACCUACAGGCUCCAUUGGGUUAUGACAAGUUCAGCUACUCGUGGCGCAGUAAGAAGGGUACACGCUUCCACCAGUCCAUAGGAAAGCAUUAUUCCUCUGGCUAUGGCCAGGGAGACACUUUGGGUUUCUUUAUUGAGCUGCCAGAGGAGACGGAGACCGCCAAGUCUCUGCCUGAUACAUACAAGGACAAGGCACUUAUUAAAUUUAAGAGUUACCUCUACUUUGAGGAAAAGGACUAUGUGGACAAAGCAGAGAAAAGCCUCAAACCAGUGAACCCCAGCAGGAUGAUUUUCUACAAGAAUGGGGCGAGUCAAGGUGUUGCCUUUGAAAACCUGUUUGAGGGCAUUUAUUUCCCCGCCAUCUCGCUCUACAAAAGCUGCACGGUGUCAGUUAAUUUUGGACCACAUUUCAAAUACCCCCCAAAGGACGUGAAGUACCAGCCGAUAAGUGACAUGGGCUGGGGGGCUGUGAUUGACCACACGCUGGCUGAUAUGCUGUACCACGUGGAGACGGAGGUGGACGGGAGGCGCAGUCCUCCGUGGGAAGGAUGAACACACCGUGAAUUCAGUACACA